AUGACUCUCAGAUUGUCAACGGUACUUCUGUAUGCCCUCGUGGCAUCAGCAGACAUCGCAUCAGCUCAAUGCAAAGUAUACCCAGGUGACUCCUCAUGGCCCUCCGACGAAGCUUGGGCGGCUCUCAACGAAAGAGUCGAAAAUCGCCUCCUCAAACCACGACCACAGGCAGCAGCAUGCUACAACGGCCCCGAGUACGAUGAGGCCGCCUGCGCCACCAUGACGGCCAACUGGACAAAUUCUUACACCCACCUUGAUGACCCCAUUGAAAAGUUCUCACCCGUCUAUCAAGGUCUCACUUGUUUGUCCCCUAACAUUUACGACUCUGGCAACUGUACUAUGGGUGGAUUUCCGUGGUACGUGAUCAACGCCACUUCUGCCAGGCAUGUGCAAGAAGGCGUUAGGUUCGCGAAGGGGACGGGUGUGAGACUAGUAGUCAAGAACACGGGACACGACUUCUCGGGUAAGUCAGGUGGUGGAGAGUCGCUAAGUAUUUGGACACACCACCUGAAAAGCAUCGAAUACAUCGAGGAUGUCACAGACGAUACUGAGGGAUACUCUGUGGCGUCUGAGUACGGUAGAGUCGUAGGUGGCGAAGGACAGACUGUUGGAGUCAUGGGAGGAUACAUCCAGGGCGGCGGUCACUCUCCUCUGAGUUCGAUAUACGGCACUGGGGCAGAUCAAGCCCUGGCCUUCGAAGUUGUGACAGCGGAUGGAGGAGCUUGCCUUCCGGAUGUCCCUACAACUGCCUCGGCGUUCAAAUUCUCUACGGCGGACGGUAUAUCAAACGAGACGUUUUGGAGUGGCGUACGCAGCUACUUUGACUCAUUCAUUCACAAUGCGGACAAUGGAACUUACUCGUACUUCCUCUUGUUACACAAUAACCCAAGCCCUGGAAAUUUUCUCUUCCAGAUGACCCCCUUCUUCGCGCCCAACAAGACAGCCGAAGAGGUGACCACCUUGCUGGACCCAUGGUUCAGCAAGCUCCACGGUCUCGGGAUUAGUUUUGACCCUAACAUCACAGAAUAUGACAGCUUUUACCCUGCCUGGAAAGACUUUUUCCCUCUCGAGGUGGUGGAAAAGGUUAACGCCACCUUUGAGGCUAUCCGCACAUCCCUCGAGACGAAUCAUGUCUUUGUUGGGUUCAAUAUCAAAGCCAUCAGCCCUGAUGGCCCAGACAACGCAGUCAACCCAGCUUGGCGCGAGAACAUCUUGUUCGCUCUCCAGUCAGUCAGGUGGUCUGUGAACGCAACGGCGGAAGAGAUUUUAGAAGCCCGCAAAGGUUUUACUUUCGGAGAUAUGCAGCGGUGGAGAGAUGUUUCUCCAGGUGCCGGCUCAUACCUCGCUGAGUCGGACAGGAUGGAGCCGAAUUUCCAACAGUCGUUCUACGGCAACAGCAAGUACCCUUGUCUGCUGGAACUGAAACGCAAGUGGGACCCUGAAGAUGUCUUCUAUGCUGCUACUGCGGUCGGUAGUGAGUUUUGGAGUGUUGUCACUGAAGACGGGCUUCCUCACGAGAAUGGAAGACUGUGUCGUGUUAUUGGAUGAUUCCGUGCAGAGAGCAAGCAGUAUUUUGUGGUGAUUCGGUAUUGAUUUAUCAAAUUGCCCAUACAUAAUAUUAUAUCAUUUCAAU